AUGGCGGGCCGACUCCUUGCUGUCUGCAGCACCUUACUGCUGUCCCUGGGAGUCCGCGCCGACAACUGGCCUUUCAUGACCCUGCAGACUGAACCUUUUCUUCCUCCUCAAGUCUCGGUAGAAAAGGACGGCGAAACGGACCCCGGGUACAUCUUCAUCGGACCCCGUGGAAAUCAGGAGCACGGGACCGCCGCACUUAUCUACGAUGAGGAUGCCCAUCUGAUCUAUCAGGGACCGCAAGAAGUUACCGCCAACUUCAUGGUCCAGAAACUCUUCAACGAGGAUGUCAUUACCUUUUGGGCGGGUGACAUGACGGACUUGGGUUUCGGGUACGGCACCGUCCACGUUCUCGACAACACUUAUCGCGAAGUCAAUACCGUCACACUCAAGCAAGACUUCGUCUCUCCAGACGGCCAACCGCGGGAAUCAUACAUUGAUCUCCACGAGAGCCGUGUGUCGCAUCGCAAUACGCUGCUGGUCACGGCUUACAAUGUGACCCAACACGAUCUGACGGCUCUCGGCGGCGCGGCGGACAGCUUUAUGCUGGACUCGCAGUUCUAUGAGAUCGAUAUCGCAACGAACGAGAUUGUGUUUUCUUGGAGUGCCCUGGACCACCUGGACGCAGUGCCUUUGGAAGAAUCGAGGCAGCUCUGGGGAGAAAGUGUCGGAACUCAGGAGGAGCCUUAUGAUGCCUACCAUAUCAACUCGGUUGAACUCAUGGAGGAUGGGUACAUUAUCUCGCUCCGACACUACUGGUCGGGAUAUUUUGUCCACAAUAAUGGUACUGUCAUGUGGAGACUAUGCGGAGAGAAAGGCGUUGGUGAUUUCGAGAUCGACGAGAAUGGCGAUUUCUCUUGGCAGCAUGAUAUCCGCAUCUACAACGAGACUGAGGAGGGCUUUGUGAUGAAUAUGUUCAACAACGCAAACACUCCCACUGACGAGGUCGCAGCGACAACCGGUCUCAGUUUUGAGGUCGAUUUGGUCAACCGCAAGGCCAAGACACUCCGGGUCCUGAACGACGAAGACGAUGUAAUCCACAGUGUCAGCCAAGGAAGCUACCAGCUCCUCAGCGAACAGACCAACCAUGUAGCAUUGGGUUAUGGUUCAAUCGCACGAGUAAAAGAAUUCGACGCCGACGGGAAGGAGGUCCUCACCGUCAGGUUCGGCGAGGACAAUGCGGUUGCAUCAUACCGUGGCUAUAAAUGCCCGUGGAAGGCGACUCCGUUCUGGAAGCCUGCGUUGGUCGUUCAACGGACAGGUCCAGACUCCGUCAUGCUCCACAUGAGCUGGAACGGGGCGACGGAGUAUGGCAACUGGGUCAUUUACUCUUCGGCCUACUCCGACGCGUCCGAGCCCAAAUUCGAAGCCAUUCUCAAGCGGGCCGGUUUUGAAGCUAGUAUCGAGCUGCAUAGCUUGCCUGGCGGAUUCCUUCAGGUCCAUGCCCGAAAGGAUACCAUCCCGCUGGGAACGUCGGAGGUCAUUUCAAUUGAGCAGAACACGGAACCAGAAGAAUCUCAGUAG